AAAUGUUACAAGUAAACAAAGCAAUUUUUGCGUCGUUGAGGAAGUUGUCUUUGUCUGUUGCUAGAUGUGGAGGACAUGGUCUUGUAGUUCACCGAGAUAGUAAAGAAAACAAUCCUGAGACGCCUUUUAAAUUUACACAGGAGAAUUUGAAGAAGAUUGAGUCUCUGCUUGCAAACUUUCCUGAAGGUCACAAGCAAGCUGCUCUACUUCCAGUCCUUGACUUGGCGCAACGCCAAAAUAGAUGGCUGCCAAUUUCAGCUAUGCAUGAAGUUGCUCGGAUUUUGGAAAUUCCAAGGAUGCGAGUUUACGAAGUUGCGACUUUCUACACAAUGUAUAACAGAGAACCCGUUGGUAAAUACUUUAUCCAGCUUUGUGGGACAACUCCUUGUAUGCUUCGCGGGGCUGAGACUAUUAUGGAAGCUAUUUGCAAAAAACUUGAAAUAAAGCCUGGUGGUACAACCAAAGAUGGAUUAUUUACUGUUAAGGAAGUUGAAUGCCUUGGUGCUUGUGUAAAUGCUCCAAUGGUUCAGAUAAACGAUGAUUAUUAUGAGGAUUUAACUGUUGACGAUAUUAAUGAAAUUAUUGAUGAUCUUAAAAAUGGGAAGAGACCUUUGCCUGGUCCGAAAAGUGGAAGAUUGGCGGCUGAACCUAUAAAAUCAAAAACUUCGUUAACAGAACCUUCAAAGGGACCUGGUUUUGGUAUUCAAGAAGGAUUAGGCGGACUUGGCAAUGGCUUAUUAAGCACAGAAGUUGGACAUCGACGUCGUUCUACUUCAGUCUCUGAUGAUUAUUCAGUUCAAAAAACUAAUGAUGAUGCAACGGAAUGUAAAUUUGUCGCUGUUCAGCAAAAAUAUUACAUUGACAACUUUAUUGGAGCAUUUAUUUACUGUGCUGAUCAUCACAGAGAUCCAGAAAUUGUUCGAGGUUAUUGGGCUCGCACUGCAGCAAUUACUUCUCUUGUUUCACAAUUUAUUAAGAUUUCUGGUCCCUAUGCUCAAAUUAUAAGUUUGGGAGCUGGUUUUGAUACUUUAUAUUGGCGUUUAAAAGAAAGUGGAUCCAUCUUUAACAAAUUUGUUGAAUUUGACUUUAGCAGUGUUACAUCAAAGAAAAUUCGUUUAAUUCAAAGAAGCAAAAAUGUCAAUUUGGCUGGAUAUUUUAGCAAACCUGCUGUUGAGAGUCAACAUAGUGAUCUACAUUGUGGGGAUUAUCAUUUAAUUGGAGCUGAUUUGAGGCAAAUACGAGAAUUUGAACAAAAAUUGACAACUGCUGAAUUAGACAAUUCUCAACCUACUUUGAUUAUUGCUGAAUGUUUAUUUGUUUAUAUGGAUUUGGAACACUCAUACAAUUUAAUUAAAGAAUUAACAAAAUAUUUUGAAACGUUGGCAUUGAUUAAUUACGAACAGGUUUUUUUUAAUUUUUUUGGGGUUGUCCUUUAUGGCCUUAAAAGGGUCUGCAACAGUGCCGGGUAUGACUCAGGGUGCUAG